AUGGCUGAUGAUUAUGAUGAUGAUGGUGAUGGUGUUGACACCAUCCCAUUACAACAAAAAGCUAACAGUCAUUUACUAAGCAAAAGGAUAUUGGAUGUGACAAAAGAUGACAGUAAAAUUCUACGUCGCACUAAGCGUGGCUGGAUGUGGAAUCAGUUCUUCUUGUUGGAAGAGUAUACAGGUACAGACACACAAUAUGUAGGCAAGACAUUUGAAGCAGCCAGCCCCCUGCCCUUACAGAAGUCAGGAGUGAGUGCAGCCAUGACCAGGAGGACUAUACAGGAAAAAGCCCCAAGCAGACAUCCCCAAGCCCACAUAGACAGCAGGAGUGAGCACUACCACCACAAGGAGGCCUCAUGCUAUUUCUUCAAAGGUGGUUCACAACAGCCACCACCACAGCUUCUACUUCUACAAAGACAGCUUGCCCCCAGAGUAGCAGCCACAACCACUAUGCAGGUUGCCUGCCAAUACUUGACUGAAUUGGUACAAGGAAAGUCACCAGAGGAACUUGGAAAAAAGAAGAGUGUUUCUUCUCAGUGUCCACUCCGGAGUAAUGCUAAUGUUAGCAAAGCACACCUUGUUUUGCUGGUGAUAAAUUGGAAGGUCAAAUUGAAAGUUAAAACCUUUGGACAUCCCAACAUAGAGAAUAAAGACAGGACGAGAGAACUCUUCUUUUCUACCUCUCUGAAGCUUCACACUGACCAAGAUAAAGGAGAUGGAAAUUUAAAAUACAUUUUAACAGGAGAUGGGGCUGGCAGUCUGUUUGUUAUAGAUGAAAAUACAGGAGACAUUCAUGCUGCAAAGAAAUUAGACAGAGAAGAAAAAUCCCUGUACAUCCUUCGUGCCAAAGCGAUAGACAGGAAGACUGGGCGGCAAGUGGAACCAGAAUCCGAAUUUAUCAUUAAAAUCCAUGAUAUCAAUGACAAUGAACCGAAAUUCACAAAAGACUUAUACACUGCCAGUGUUCCUGAAAUGUCUGGAGUUGGUACAUCUGUUAUACAAGUGACUGCAACAGAUGCAGAUGAUGCCAACUACGGAAAUAGUGCCAAAGUGGUCUAUAGCAUAUUGCAAGGACAGCCAUAUUUUUCAGUGGACCCAGAAUCAGGCAUAAUAAAAACUGCAUUACCAGACAUGAGCAGAGAAAAUAGAGAGCAGUACCAGGUGGUUAUACAGGCCAAAGACAUGGGCGGCCAGAUGGGAGGCCUUUCUGGAACCACCACAGUGAACAUCACUCUGACAGAUGUCAACAACAACCCUCCUCGGUUUCCCCAGAGUACGUAUCAAUUUAAUUCCCCCGAGUCUGUACCUCUUGGAACCCAUCUUGGAAGGAUAAAAGCCAAUGACCCUGAUGUGGGUGAAAAUGCUGAGAUGGAAUAUAGCAUUGCUGAAGGAGAUGGAACGGACAUGUUUGAUGUCAUCACUGACAAGGAGACACAGGAAGGGAUUAUAACUGUCAAACAGAAUUUAGAUUUUGAAAACAAAAUGCUGUACACUUUAAGAGUAGAUGCAACUAACACUCAUCCUGAUCCACGAUUCUUACACCUGGGACCUUUCAAAGACACAGCUGUGGUCAAAAUAUCUGUGGAAGACAUAGAUGAGCCUCCUGUGUUCAGUAAAAUCUCUUACUUGAUAGAAGUAGAUGAAGACGUAAAGGAGGGCAGCAUCAUUGGACAGGUUACAGCCUAUGACCCAGACUCCAUGAACAAUUUAAUAAAUUUUCCCCCGCUAGGCCCUGUGAUUGGUUACUAUCUCUGUUAUUUCCAGUUAUCUGCUCUUAUUCAUGUUCAUGAUAGGCAGUCAGCUGAAGAGUACUUUGGGUGGUAUGGUAAACCCAACUCCUGUUAUUCCAUCUUUGCCAAAAGAAUAAAUAAUCCAAAACAAAGUAGUCACAUUCCUGUCUUCAUCAGAAUUCUAGAUAUAAAUGACCAUGCUCCAGAAUUUGCCAUGUACUAUGAAACAUUUGUAUGUGAAAAUGCAAAACCUGGGCAGAUAAAAUUGGUAGUAAUUCAGAGGGUUUACUAUCAAGUUCUCAUUUUUUUAUUGAUAGUUUUAGUUGUGCUGUUUACAGCAUUGAAGAGGCAACGAAAAAAGGAACCUCUGAUAAUAUCUAAAGAUGAUGUUCGGGAUAACAUUGUGACCUACAAUGACGAAGGCGGUGGGGAAGAAGAUACCCAAGCUUUUGACAUCGGCACAUUAAGGAAUCCAGAAGCAAGAGAAGACAGUAAACUUAGAAGAGAUGUAAUGCCAGAAACUAUUUUUCAGAUAAGGAGAACUGUGCCUCUGUGGGAAAAUAUUGAUGUACAAGAUUUUAUCCAUCGAAGAUUAAAAGAAAAUGACUCAGAUCCAAGCGCACCUCCUUAUGAUUCACUGGCAACAUAUGCCUACGAAGGGGAUGAUUCCGUGGCAGAUUCGCUCAGUUCUUUAGAAUCUCUCACAGCUGACUGUAACCAAGAUUAUGAUUACCUCAGUGACUGGGGGCCUCGUUUUAAAAAACUUGCUGACAUGUAUGGGGGUGAUGACAGUGACCGAGACUAAGAGUAUUGGAUGACUGGAUCACUAUUAGUGGAAAUACUGUCUUUGUUACUAGAUUGAGUGGCCUGCAUUCUCCUCCAUGGAGGAAAUUUUUCAAAAAUCGAAAUCACAAACAAUACGUAGGUGUUUUCUUAGUCAAGGUUUGCUUAAUCAGUAAGUUUCUGUGAAUGAAUACAAAUGAUAUAGAUUUAAAAAAAGUAAUAAUAACCAGUUCACCCUAUUUGCCUAACAAUCUCGGAAGGAAAAUAUAUCACAUCAAUAAUCAAUAAAAAUACUUAAAAGGCUUUUUGUGCCUUUUCUUAGGUAUAAGAACUUUAUAAAUGUUUUCUUAACUGACUUUCAGUCACCUUUACUAUUAAAUUAAACAUUGUGCAAUUGCUUUGUAAAUUAAUAUGGAAAAGAUAUAUCCCUAAUGAAAUAGGAAUGAUUAUUACUGCCAUAUUUAUUUAGCUGAAGAAUGUCUUCGUGUUAAUUCAUUCAUAUUUUUAUAAAUGUAUAUUUAUAUUUUUGUAUUUUUAUGAAAUAAACGAGUAUUUAUAAAGA